AUGGCGUCUGAGAAAGACCACUCCGUCCAGGCGGUGACGAGCCAGCCUGAUACCCAAUCCCCUACCAACUCCUCCCCCCGAUCCUCGCGCGAAACCCAGAGCGACGAGAAAGUCGAGAGGUUGCCCUCCGUCAAGAGCAGCCACAGCCACCGCCAGAGUCAGACAUCGCAACACCUGGCCGUCCCCGUCACCGGCGACGGCGACCACGACCACACCCCCGUCGACUGGUCGCAGCACACGCUGCGCAAGAGGCUCUGGCGCCCCCAGGUGACGGACUUCCGCAAGAUCGCAGAGCACAAGUAUCACGGUGCAGGGACCCUCGCCGACCCGUAUAUUGUGCAAUGGCUGGAUGAUGACCCCGAGAACCCCAAGAGCUAUGCGCUGGGACGCAAGAUCGCCAUCACGGCGCUGGUCGCUUUCAUGACGCUCUGUGUCUCGCUGGCCUCGAGCGCGUACACCGGCGCCGCCCGGCACGUUAUCCAGGCCUUUCACUGCAGCGAGGAGGUCUUUCUGCUCGGCCUGAGCCUGAUGGUGCUCGGCUUUGCCCUGGGCCCGCUCGUGUGGGCGCCGCUGUCCGAGACUCUGGGCCGGCGCAACAUCAUCCUCGUCACCCUGUGUUUCUAUAUCAUGUGGACCGCCGUCUGUGCCGCCGCGCAGAACAUCCAGACCCUGAUCGUCUUCCGGCUGUUGUGUGGCACCAUCGGUUCGGCUUCGUUUGUCAUCCCUGGCGGCCAGAUCGCCGACAUGUUCGAGGCGGACCAGCGCGGCGUCGCCAUCGCAGCCUUCUCCGCCGCCCCUUUCUUGGGCCCGACGGUGGGCCCGUUGAUCGGCGGCUUUUUCAGCGACGCUUACGGCUUUCGCUGGCUCUUUGGGCUGUUGGCUCUCUACGCCACCGCCCUGACCAUCCUGGGGGCCUUAUUUAUGCCCGAGACGUAUGCACCCGUGCUGUUGCGUAACCGCGCGAGGCUACUGUCCAAGCUCACCGGCAAAACCUACAUGACCCGCAUCGACCUAGAACACCCCCUGGAUGUGCGUGAGGUCGUCCGCAAGGCCCUGGCUCUUCCUUGGGAGCUGCUGUUUCGAGAGCCGGUUGUGCUCCUUCUGACGAUCUACACCGCCGUUAUCUACGGCACGCUCUACCUCUGCUUCGCCGCCUUCCCCAUCGUCUUCCAGGAAGGCCAUGGCUGGAACGCCGGCCAGGGCGGCCUGGCCUUUCUCGGCAUCAUGGUCGGCCUCUUCAUCGGCAUUGGGAUCAUCAUCUUCGACAACAAACGCUACCGGCGCCUCCACGAGGCCACCGGCGGAUUCGCCCCGCCCGAGUCCCGUCUGCCGCCCGUCAUGUUGGGAGGCGUGCUCGCCAUCAUCGGGCUCGCCUGGUUCGCCGCCACCACCUCGCCCGGGGUGCAUUGGAUCGUGCCCAUUCUGGCCGGCGUGCCGUUCGGCACGGGGUUUUUGCUCAUUUUCAUGGCGUGUUCGAAUUACCUCAUCGACUCGUACGUCAUCUACGCCGCCUCAGUCAUGGCGGCCAACUCGAUCCUCCGCUCCGCCUUUGGCGCCAUCUUCCCCCUCUUCACCACUUACAUGUACCGCAAUCUCGGCAUCCACUGGGCCUCGGCCGUGCCGGGCUUCAUCGCCCUCGCCUGUUUCCCCUUCCCCAUCUUCUUCUACAAGUACGGCGAGUCCAUCCGGCGCAAAUGCAAAUACUCGGCCCAGGCCGCCCGCUAUCUGGACAGUUUGCGCAGCGACAUGGAGCGCCGCCGCUCAAGAGCCGAGUCGGCCGCCGCCCCUGCUUCGGCAGAGGAAGAGGAAGACGUUCAUGGCAAGAUCGAGGUCAAGCUUGAGCCAGAGGAUGAGAAUGAGGCUGAGGUUGAGACGAAGGGUGAGACUAGAGCUUGA